CGCUUUAAGUCAAAAUGGUCCCGGACUAUAUAUGCCGAGUCAUUUAGUCGGUGUAACAGUAGAAUACGGUUUAGUUGUAUCACAACGGUAACAAACAUACAUCAUCAUGAAGACCACGAUAGGAUUUCUUGGAUUUGCACUUGUCGCCAUCUCCCUGGUGUAUGUCACACUCGCCCAGCAACAACCGCCCCAGGGCGGCCAGUGCAUGCAGAGCUUUGACCAGCAACUCAGUCCACGGUGCUUUGACCCCAGGGGACUGGACUUCCAGGGAGUGUUGUUCCUCAUCACCCAGAACGUGUCCGGGAGCCUACCCCCAGGGGAAACUGUCCCCUCCUAUAGGCAGAGAGUGUGCAGACCCGCCGAGUUGGAUUUUAUAAUUCCCUGCGUAUUGCAACUGAAGGCACAGUUCACGAAUGCCACAUGUACAGCGGAUGAGGUCACCAUGAUCGACACCAGCGGGAGAUCACUCCUGAUGAUCCUGGAACAACUGUGCAUGGAGCCUUGUGAACGGAACGCCAUGCAGAGUUUGUCCCAGUGUUUCGUGUCAGCGCAGAUCAACCCCGACAGAUCCUUGAACACGUCCAUGACAGGAGACAAGUUCUCCUUCAUUGGCAACACCAGCGCCGACACAGAGCGUUUUUGCAGUGUGCGCGAGCAGUUAUUUACGUGUCUGAGGCAAGUGGGGCAGAGCUGCCCUACAACUCUACCCAGGCUGUAUGAAAUGGGGAUUGACAUCGUUGCCAUGCAGAGGACCGCCGAUCUCCUGUGCCGAGAGAGAGAAACCUAUCUGGGGGCCUUCCAGUGUUUCUUCACCCGAAACCAAGGUAUUGCGACAUGCGCACAGCAGACCUUCACUCAGCUCAGAGAGGUUGUGAUUGGUCGAAUGGAAACAGGAUCUGUGACUCCAUCGCAAUUUGUCGUCAGACUCUGCGGAGUGCGACUGAACCAGGUGAACUGUGAGCUCCAAGCCUUUAGAGGAACAUGUGAUGCUUCCCAGACACAUCUGAGGAACCAGGCCGAGUGCACCAUUCUCCCCCAGCCUUGCCUCCAGGAGCCAUCAUUCCAGGCAGGACUCCGACAAAUGUGCCAGGCUGCCACUACACCACCCACAAUGCAGACCACGCCCAGACCAGCUGUCACUACCCCCGAGAAACCCCAUAUUGUCACUAAGGAAAUUCCAGGCAGCAGUGAAAAAGGCGGAAGUGCCGCCAUUACGGUCUCGGGCAUUCUCGUUUUGGCAGCCAUGUCGUUUUCUGCGAGUCUAUUUCGUUGAACACACGAAUUUUCAAACAGGGUUUUAAUUUAUGCGUCUCAAAAUGUAUUACGUAUCGAAUAAUACUGAAAUGAUAGUGAAGGAAAAAACCAACAUCAUGAAAAUAUGCUACGGACAGUGAAAAUGAUGAUUGUGUUUGUAUAUGGGGGUCGAUUCAGUUUUCAUUUAACUAUGAUGUGAAUGUAAAGUUGUUUAUGCAAAACGUUCAUCUGUAUUUGUCCUGUGCUAUCGUUAUAUCAAAGAAAUACAUUAUUUCCUAAUUGAAAUUAUAACUAUUAAGUAACGUUAUCAUCAGAAAAGUGUAUGAAGUUCCUUGCAGGCUGUGAUCAGGGCAACGGCAUGAAGACACCUGUCUGACUGAUAGUCAUGUUCAUAGCUUUAUCAUUAAAAAAAUAUUAAAAAACGACUCGAGUUUAAUUUAAUACUUUUUAAUAAGAAAGCAUUGAUGGUUAAUUAUUUGAGUGUCUACAACCAUUUUAGCUGAACUAGCUGAAAAAUUAAAGUUAAAUUAAUUUGUUUGUGUAUUGUAUAUAGUAAAGAAGUUUGAAUAAAGUGUAUAUAUUCUCUUAAA